AUGUGCAGCGUGGAUGCUUUGCCCGGCUGUAUCUACACUGUCCUGUUACUGGCUGAUAGAGACCUGGUUCUACGCCUAGAGAAACCCUCAGCUGUACAGGUAACACACAGAGACCUGGUUCUACGCCUGGAGAAACCCUCAGCUGUACAGGUAACACAGAGACCUGGUUCUACGCCUGGAGAAAUCCUCAGCUGUACAGCUGUACAGGUAACACACAGAGACCUGGUUCUACGCCUGGAGAAACCCUCAGCUGUACAGGUAACACACAGAGACCUGGUUCUACGCCUGGAGAAAUCAUCAGCUGUACAGGUAACACACAGAGACCUGGUUCUACGCCUGGAGAAACCCUCAGCUGUACAGGUGGAGUUGUUGACCUCUCUGAAGUCUCUCUAUAAGCAUGUGGAGGUGUCUCAGCUGCCUACUGAGUUUGACGGAUCCUUCCCCUUUUCACACAGCGCCUGGGUCUGCUUCAGAACGAGAGUGGAACAGCUAACCAGUCACUGUGAGGACGCUGUCAACCUCCUGCAGAGUACCAUCACAGGUCUGGAGUCUACUGUCCUGCCAGCUACUGCUGAGGAGGCCCAGGUGUUACUUGCCAGGUACAGGGGUGUGAUGUGCACCGUCCUGGAGGACAGCCGAUUGGCUAGAUUACAGCUGGAGGGCGGAGCCAUCCUGUCCCGCCUCCGUAAAGAGGAAACCAGUGUCAGCCUCAGAGACGACUACAGAGAUGCCGUAGAGGUUGUGGCUGGUCUGUACGAUCAGGUGGACGAGCUGGUUCACAAGCUGGUGAUGCUGUCCAACCAACGCACUCAGGAACUGGACUUUAUCAUGGAGUUCAAGAGUCUGGAGCAGGGAUUCAAGGAGGUGAGUGACUGGAUUGAGGAGGUUGGAGAGAGUCGUCUGAGAACGCUCGGAGAGCUGGAGGAUUCUCUGGAGCAGCUGCACAGGAAACAGACCCUCUUCAGAGACUUCUACACUGCUGCCUACGUAGGUACCUCUGACUGA